GGACCUGCUAGUUGGCCUGCUGAUUAUGCCCCCAGCGCUGGUGACUGAGCUGCUUGGGUACUGGUUCUUCGGAGAGGGGCUGUGUGCCGUGUUCCUGGCGGUGGACAUCUUCGCCUGCACCGCCUCGAUCAACAACCUCUGCGCGAUCAGUCUGGACAGGUACUGGUCGGUUGCCCACCCUGCGGACUGCAGGAGGCAGGGCCUGUCCCGUAAGCGGGUGAAGCUGGCCAUCGUGGCCGUGUGGGUCAUCUCUGCCGCCAUCUGUAUCCCCUCGCUCGUGGGCUGGACAAACGACAUGUUCAUCGAUGACCAACAGCUUCCCCAGUGCGAGUACACUAACAACAUCGGCUACGUGGUCUUCUCCACUGUGGGGUCCUUCUACCUGCCGCUCGUCAUCAUGACUGUCGCGUACGUGCGCGUGUGCUGGGCGAUCAAGGACAGGAUUCUGCGAAACAGACGCCGGAAGAUGCCCCCACUGAGGAACCAGAAGGACAGGAAAGCGAUCGCAGAUGCAGUGUCCGGAAACGUUGCUCACACGGAAGACGAAAAUGACAGCGAAGAUCAGCAUGAAGAGACAAAACAAAACGGAAACCCAAACGCUUUGACCAUGCGGGGUAUCCCUCUGGACGACACGAGAAGAGCGUCUGGACUGCAGGACAGACGCCCAAAAGUUAGCGGCCAAAGGGAAAGCCAACAUGGCGGCCCUGCAUGGCCUUGGUGCUGUCGAAGGAAAGGCGACUCUGAGAAAUACACGGAGGGCGCAACAACUGAGCACAUCAAAAUGCAUCCCCUGCGUAGCUGUGCCGAAGACUGGAAACAAGAGCCGAACAGACCUAACAACCUCCUCCUGAGCCCAGUCUUGCUGCACAGGAAAUCUGACCUGUCCAUCUCCGUCAGUUCACCGACUCCCAGCACCGAGCCAUCGAGCCGAAGACAAAGCAACCACAAGAAACUCGAGAAAGGAGUGUCACUGCCCGAGCUGAGUGAAGCGAAGACCGGCCGACUCCAGCCCGUCAGGACAGGGAGAAACACUCACUCCAUCGUGGCAAUCAUCCACUCUGCCCCACCCGCGGACUCUCCAAACCAGCACAGAACUCCUAACUCCAAAAACCUGGUAACGAAGAAGCCGAAAAAACAGUCUCUCGGAGUCGUGAAACAGAGAGACCUCAACAAGAGAAUAGAGAUCGAAGUUGACUUGGACGAUCUGACAUCAACCUUCUCAAACGUCGGCAACAACGACGCGAUCAUCCGAGACGAAAAAGAGCUGUCGAAGCUCCACCGACUCGUCAACCUUCGCAGCCCGAACGCUCUGAGGAAGAUGCUGAUGCGGAACAGAGACAGGAGGCUGAUUGUGGUGGUGGGGAUAAUCAUGAGCGUGUUCGUGCUCUGCUGGCUGCCAUUCUUCUUGACGUACGUUGUCCAGACGGCAUGCAGCAGUUGUUACGUCCCUGAAACGCUCUUCACUUUCUUUGUGUGGCUGGGCUACUGUAACAGCUCACUCAAUCCCAUCCUUUACACAGUUUUCAACCGGGACUUCCGGAAAGUAUUCUAUCAAAAGAUUUUACGACGGGAACUUCCUAAGUAGGAAGGAUAUCAACUGUAUGUACAGGUGUCCGUUUUUAUAGAGGACUUUAACUUAAUGAAGUAAUUGCACGAAGCUUUUGCACGUUAACGUUACUACUAUUUAGGUAUGUUGUACUGUUAAAUUGAUUAUUAUAACAAAUAGAUAACGACGACGACGAAAUCCUCCUAGAGUUGCUGAUUCACUAAAAGUCACCCUGACUCCAGGAGAAAUAGUGCCAUAUCGGUCACUAAUGGAGAUCCGUAUCAAACCAAACCAAACUAAACCAAAACCAAGAAGGAGAAUGAGAGGGGGAAAAAGAGUUCUAAUUAUUUAUGUACAAGAGUAGUGUUUAUCUUUUUUAAGAAUCUUCUUGACUUGCAAUAAUGACUUAAAAUAUCUCCCUUAAA